CCUGAUUUCUUUGACCAAAACAAAUCGAUUGUUAUUACGCGUUUUUCUGGUCUUUUUUCCAAUCAGCGCGAUAGGCGUGAGAAAGUGUGUAUUGAAUAAUAGUUGAAAAUGAAGUAAAAGUUUUCUUUAAAUAAUUGAAAUAAACUCGGUGCGGUGUAUAGGUGUGGCGUAUAGUUUUCAUCAUGGCCAUGUUGACGCGUCGUACCUCACCCGGUUCACCGAAAGCUUUACAACGUUUACAAAACUGCAUAUCCUUUAUCUGGCCGUCUUUGCAUGCAGGUACUACUCAAGAUCAUAGAAUACAACGUAAGUCCACACAAUUGGACAGCAUCGAUUGUUUAACGAAUGAACUAGUUAAUCGUAAUUCAAAGAAAUGGGAUGAACUAAGAGACACACUUAUUAAGAAAACCAACAAAAGUGAGUUGAGUGCACACAACUUUAGUGAUGGUAGCGAUAUGGUAUCCACAAGUUUCGGUCAGAAUGUAAACAUUCUCUCUAAAGGUGUUGUUAGCGAUCUGCAGGCUAUACGUUCACCACAAUUGGGGCUGGACAUACGUUCGUUGUCUCAAGCGCAACUGGACAAUUUAUUAUUAUCUACGGUGGAAAUAAAAAAUAAACCAGAUUUCCUAUACCUUAUAAGGCAAUGCUUACGUCAUAAGCAGCUACCAUCCAAUGAAGUACUAUUGGCUUGCCUCAAAUACCUCAUGCAGUUGUGUCGUUUGCAACAGAUUGACUCAUUGGCAGAUUUGUGUAAAAUACAUAAACAUCCACUUGUUAAAACAUACGCCAACUUCGCACCGUUCAAAGCGAUGGCACUCUGGCGAAGUGGAAGUGCAGAUAUCGCUUUAAUGACAUUACAUCGUGGCUAUGGCGAUUGUAUGGAAACGGAUGAGGGCAGAAGAAUGGCACGUAAUGUAUUUCGUACGAUUAUUGAGGAGACAUUAGUGCAAAAGAGCGAUGCUGUCUUAGUGUCGUUGUUGCAAGUGGCACGCUCAAUCUAUAAAGAACAAAAAGAUAUUUUCGUGGUGGCCUGUGUGUGGAAACAGUGCUUUGCUAGUGAAUGGUUUUGUGAUCAGAAAUCCGCAGCGGACCUUUACGAACAUUAUAAGGAAUUGCAACAACUUGUGGCCAGACGUUCAAGCUCUCUUUGUUCAUCAUUUCUACGUGCUAAUAAUGUGGAUGCUGUGCAUCGACUAAUUGAAGCGUUUUUGCAAAAUGAGCAACGCGAAGCGUGCGCAAAUUGUCUCGGACAAUUGUUUAAUCACCAAUAUUUGCGUAGUGAUUUAAGAGCCUGUGCCGAGAUCAUCAAAUCCUGCAGUGAGCUCGGAAUGCCACUAAGCGAAGUACAAAAUGAACAGUUUUUAAGUUUGUUCCUCAAUCAGCCGGCAACCACUGCGGCGCGCAAUGUCGGUGGUCAUCAAUCAAAACCAAUUAAAGAGUUUCAGUAUAAAUUUUGAAAUCACGAAAACAAUAUACCUACAGGUGAUACAUUUGUUUAUCACCGUGUGAAACUUUUUAAAGUAAGCGAAACAUAUUCAAUAUUUGUUGUUAAAUAGAGCAAUGAUUCUCUUUACACCUUUCGUAAACUUGCACCUAGAUUUAAUGGUUCACUAUUCAAAGUUCUAAAUAAAGCAAUAAAUAGUUCAAUAUUAA